AUGAUAACAAUUACAUAUAACCAAAUCUUGAUUUGCUCUUUUUAUAUUCUAUUGAAAUGUUCCUGGUUUUUUGUGAUAAGAGUUCCUAUAAUACUAUUGAGAUUAACUUCAAGGCAUAUAAGACGAACUUUACUUGAUUUUUCAGAGGCUAGUAUUAAACUCAGUGAAGACUCUGAAAGGAUAUCCAUAUUUAAAGUGUUAUACAUCCUUAUCAAUAAUAAUAUUCACUUACUAUCAAUUUUAACUUUUAUCUUCCUAAAAUAUCUAUUUCUACCCAAAUCAAAGCAACAUGAAGAGCUUACAAAGAUUAGAAAAUACACAAAAGCUUUCAAUACAGCACAUAAUUCAAUAAGUGCUACCAACAUAGGGGAUAAAUCACAUGCUGUGAGGACUACUCAGAGGGUUAUACCGGCUGCAAGACUCAAAAGGGAAUCACAACGAAAGUACAGACAAUUCCAUUCAAGGAAUGUAUCGAAGACAUGCCCUUACGUAGGGUUAGUAUAUAGAAGGGAUGGAGUUCAUUCAUACUCGACAAUCGCAAUAUCUUUUAUCCAUUGGAAAAAAGACCAGCGUUAA